AUGACUUUAAACUGCAUCCGGUGGUGGUGGUUUCUACGUGGGGAUGUGGAGAUUCUGGAGGAAAGCGACUCCUCUUUGAUCCGCUGUCCCGGUCGGACCUCUCGUCAGUCUGUUGUGACCGUUUUCCCCCGACCUGCCUGCCGCUUUAUGGACGGCGGCCUCAUGAAUAUUCAUAGAUGUGGAUGGGGGGGGUGUGGGGGGUUCAUGUAG